AUGUCGGAAAAGAAUGUUGAAGUUGAUGCUGAGCAACUCGAAAAUAAGGAGAUUGAUGAACCAAUGGAGGUUUCCGAACCAGCGACCAAGAAAAAUGACGACAGCGAUAAUGAAACCGAAAAAUCAUCUUCUACUAAGGUUAAACACGAGGAAGAGGAAUACGACAGGAUUGAAGAAGAAGAUGAUAAGAAUCAAGAAGAUUCUGAUGGUAAUAAUGAAAAUGAAGGCGAAUCUGACAGAGAAUUUGAAGAAAAUGAUGAUGAAAAAGAAGAAGAAAAGCCUUCUGAAAAACCUAAAUUGUUGGAUCCAACUCUUGGAAUGGACUCAUUUAAGAGGUUUGAGCUGCUUUUAGCGAAGACUGAAAACUUUUCCCAUUGCUUAUCGACGGGAGAUGCUGCGAAAUCUGGACCAGCGCCAGGAACGAAAAAGCGUGGAAGGGCUAAAAAGGAAGUUGGACCUGAAGGGGACCAUAGACAUCGAAAGACUGAGAAAGAGGAGGAUGAAGAAAUGGUCGCUGAAGCCACAAAAGAUGAUAGCAUCACGAUUUUCGACAGCACUCCAUUUUAUAUUAAAAAUGGCCAAAUGAGAGACUAUCAGAUUCGUGGUUUGAAUUGGUUAGUUUCCCUCCAACAUAACGGAAUUAAUGGAAUCCUGGCUGACGAAAUGGGCCUUGGAAAAACAUUGCAAACAAUUUCACUUCUUGGUUAUAUGAAGCAUUACAAAAAUAUGGGAUCACCACAUCUGGUCAUUGUGCCGAAGUCGACGCUGAGGAAUUGGGCGAACGAGUUUGAAAAAUGGUGUCCUUCCAUGAGAGUUUGUUCAUUAAUCGGCGAUGAAACUGCAAGAAACCAGGUUAUUCGUGAGGUUAUUUAUCCGCAACACUUUGAUGUUUGCUGCACAACUUACGAAAUGAUGCUUAAAACGAAAACCCAGCUGCGAAAAUUGCAUUGGAAGUACAUUGUCAUCGACGAGGCGCACCGUAUUAAGAAUGAAAAGAGCAAAUUAUCAGAAACAGUCCGCGAACUCAAGUCGAAAAAUCGACUCCUCAUCACAGGAACUCCAUUGCAAAAUAAUUUACACGAGUUGUGGGCACUUCUUAACUUUUUGCUUCCCGAUAUUUUCACUUCCUCCGACGAUUUUGAUUCAUGGUUCUCAAAUGAAUCAAUGAGUGGAAAUCAAGACCUUAUUAAAAGAUUGCACAAGGUUCUUCAACCAUUCCUCUUGAGAAGAAUUAAGUCGGACGUGGAAAAGUCGCUUUUGCCAAAGAAGGAAGUUAAAGUUUACGUCGGGUUGUCUAAAAUGCAGAGGGAAUGGUACACCAAAGUCCUUCUAAAGGAUAUCGACGUUAUCAAUGGCGCAGGAAAAGUGGAAAAAGUCAGAUUGAUGAACAUACUCAUGCAUCUGCGCAAAUGUGUGAAUCAUCCAUAUUUAUUUGAUGGAGCCGAACCAGGUCCACCCUACACCACCGAUCAGCAUUUGGUUGAUAACUCCGGGAAAAUGGUUGUGCUCGAUAAGCUUCUCAAAAAGCUAAAGGAGCAAGGAUCACGUGUAUUGAUUUUUUCUCAAUUCUCCAGAAUGCUCGAUCUUUUGGAAGAUUACUGCUGGUGGAGAAAAUUCGAAUACUGUCGUUUGGAUGGAUCCACACCGCAUGAGGAGCGUCAACAGGCUAUCGAUGCAUACAACGCGCCAAAUUCAUCAAAGUUCAUAUUCAUGCUCACCACAAGAGCUGGUGGAUUGGGUAUCAACUUGGCAACUGCUGAUGCUGUGAUUAUUUAUGAUUCGGAUUGGAAUCCUCAAAGUGAUCUUCAAGCUAUGGAUAGAGCUCAUAGAAUUGGACAAAAAAAGCAGGUUCGCGUCUUUCGUUUGAUCACUGAAAACACAGUUGACGAACGAAUUAUUGAAAAAGCUGAAAUGAAGUUGAAACUGGAUAACAUCGUUAUCCAACAAGGACGAAUGGCGGAAGCACAGAAAACUCUUGGAAAAGACGACAUGAUAAGCAUGAUUCGGCAUGGAGCUGAACAAGUGUUUGCCGCAAAGGAUUCGACGAUCAGUGACGACGACAUUGAUACUAUUCUCCAGAAGGCCGAAGUUAAAACCGCCGAGCUCAAUGAAAAAUUAAGUACACUCGAGGAGAACAGCCUUCGAACGAUGACGUUUGACACAAAUCAACACACGAAAAAAGAUUAUACGGUUUAUAACUUCGAAGGAGAAAAUUAUAAAGAAAAACAACACGAUGGUAUGGGGCAUUUCUGGAUCGAACCACCAAAAAGAGAGAGAAAAGCCAACUAUCAGGUUGAUUUGUAUUAUAAAGAAGCCAUGAGAGUUGGAAAUCCUGUUGAGAAACAAUCGAAAGCUCCAAGACCGAAGCUUCCACAAGUCUACGAUUUUCAAUUUUAUCCGAAGAGGUUAAUGGAACUGCUCGACAGAGAAGUGUAUUACUUUAGAAAGUCGAUUGGAUAUAAGGCGGAAAAGCCUAAUGGAUGUCCCCCAAAAGAAGCAGAAAAACGACAACAAGACGAACAGAAGCUAAUUAACAAUGCGAAACCACUUACUGAAGCUGAACAGGAGGAAAAAGCCCAACUUUUAACUCAAGGUGUAACUGAUUGGUCUAAACGAGAAUUCCAAGCCUUUGUUCGAGGAAAUGAAAAGUAUGGAAGGAAUGACUAUGAGAAUAUUGCUAAGGAAAUGGAUAGACCAGUUUCGGAAAUUCAGAACUAUGCGAAAAUAUUUUGGAAGCGUUUCAAUGAACUCCAAGACUCCGAAAAAAUUCUGAGCCAGAUUGAAAAGGGUGAAGCUAGAAUUCAACGCCGUCACGCCGUAAAGAAAGCUCUUGAUGCGAAAAUCGCCAAGUAUAAGGCCCCAUUCCAUCAAUUACGAAUUUCUUAUGGCACAAAUAAAGGAAAAACCUAUACUGAAGAAGAGGAUAGAUUUUUGGUGUGCGAAACACAUCGAUUAGGAUUUGAUAAAGAAAAUGUGUAUGAGGAAGUGCGCCAAUCUGUAAGAAAUGCUCCACAGUUUCGAUUUGACUGGUUCUUGAAAAGUCGAACGGCAGUAGAACUCCAAAGACGUUGCAACACUCUGAUUACGUUAAUUGAAAAAGAAAUGGGUGAUUUAUCCGAUGUAAAACCAUCAAAUAAUGGAGCCGACAAGAAACGCGCUGGAGAUAAAUCUAAGGACACACCCAAAUCAACUCCCGCCAAAAAGACGAGGGCGAAGUAA